AUGGAGUACAUGCUUUUAGAUGGAAACUACGAAACGUACACCAACCUGAUGGUUGGGAAUAAGAUCCAGCUGGAAUGGGAGCAUACACAUUGCAAUUUGGAUAGAGGAAUUCGGCCUGUUGGGUAUUUGGUUAAAAAAGUUGACGAUUUGCAUUACUGUAUUCUAUGUUGCAUACAAGCCCAUAUCCAUGGAUAUAUGCUACUAUUGAACCUUGUGAAUGGUCAAAUCGAUAAGAUUUUCUCUGUAGAAAACGAUGUGAUCACAAAGGAACAUUCUAUCCCUUCUGAAUUUGUUAUAUUUGACAUUAGCAGUCAUGGAGAGAGAUGGGAGGGAAGCGUCGAUAGUGACGGCUUUGAGGGUUGGGGAAGAUUGUAUGACAAGUAUGGUAAUUUAGAAUAUGAAGGCUUUAUGUUCCAUGGGAAGAAGAUGGGGUAUGGGAUCCAGUAUUACCCAGAACUUGGCACUCCAUACUAUCAAGGCACAUUUGUAAAUGAUGAGUGUAUCGGGUUUGGCACAAGCUAUUCACGUGAGGGACAUAUUAUUCAUCAAGGCGCUUUUCCAUAUCAGGCUCUUGAAUUGGUUGUGAAACCAGAAGUGCAGCUGAUUUGUAACCAAAUCACUUCACUGGUAAUAGAACCCGAACUGGAGAUCGAAACAUUGGAUUUAAACCUGUUUCCAUGUCUGUGUGAGCUACGAUGUACAGAGAAGUCGCUUCCAAGGAUCCGAUCGAUUGUUGCGAUUGGACAGAACUCUAUAAACAGAGUUACUCUGUUAGAUCGGAGCUGCUGCAGCGAGUAUGUUGACAAGGGAGUAAACGGAUCUGUACGAUUUCAAAACUGCAAAUCUCUGCGAGUGGUGGAAAUAGGUGCAUACUGCUUACGAAGAACCAAAUCUGUUUGUAUUUCGAGCUGCUCCUCGUUGAUGACUCUUCUGCUUGGAGAAUUCAGCUUUAAUAACGCUGAAGAAUUUGUUUUACGAGAUUGUCCCUGCUUGACCUCACUCGAAUUCGCGUUUUCAAGUUUCUUUAAGGACCUGGAGAGUUUAUCCGAUAUCGUAGUGUCCAGCAUGUGCUUUUGGAAGUCUUCUGAAGAAAAUGCUGAUAGUCACAGUGUGAAAGAGUGUAUUGAAAGUCGGAGUCUCGAACUGAAAGCUUGA